AUGGGCCGAAUGAUGCAUCGGUUAUACAAAACCGACAGAGCCCGUGAUUUUGACCAUGAAACUGAUCGCUAUGUGCGCAUGCAACAAAUCUAUGAAACAAUCGACCGUCAAAAUUAUCAAUGGGUGGUUGUUUUAGUUGCUGGUGUCGGUUUCUUCCUGGACGGAUACACCUUAUUCGCGAGUAAUAUCGCCCUCCCUAUGAUCUCAUAUGUAUACUGGCACAAUGAACCGGGUUCGUCAAAAACAACGUUCAUCAACAUCGCAACACUCGCCGGCACGGUCGUCGGUCAAGUCGCUUUCGGAUUUUUGGCCGAUAAACGGGGCAGGAAGAAAAUGUACGGUGUUGAAUUGGUGCUAUUGAUUGUGUCUACGCUCGGCGUGACGAUGGCUUCCACCGGCGCGAACAAUAGUAUGAGUAUUUAUGCGUGGUUGAUUUGGUGGCGUAUUGCAACUGGUGUUGCUGUCGGCGCUGAUUAUCCGUUGAGUGCUGUCAUUACAUCGGAAUUCGCACCGACUAAACAUCGUGCCCGCAUGUUGGCUUCGGUCUUCUUCAUGCAGCCGCUUGGUCAAUUGGCUGGUAACCUAGUCGCCCUCAUCGUGGUCGCCGCAACCAGGAGCCGAAUCAACACAGACACCGUCCGCGCAGUCGACAUUAUGUGGCGAUGGGUCAUUGGCAUCGGCGUCAUCCCCGGUGUGGUUGCAUCUCUGUUCCGAUUCGCGAUUCCCGAAACCCCGCGUUACUUGCUCGAUAUCGACAAUGAUCCCAUCAAAGCCGAGUUCGACGCCACCACCUUAUUUGGAUCAGACCAACAACAUGUCGAAAUGGGUAGUGAAUUCGAUGCACCCUGGGAUGGUACGACAUUACCCAAAGCUGCGUCUUUCUCCUCUUAUGCAAGCGCCAGUGGUAGCCCAUCAUUCGACGAGGCGGGCAGCAUCACACCCAACACGGAGUACACCCUACACCCACCAACUUUCCAAUCCCACUGGCGCGUUGUGUGGGACGAUGUGGUCUACUAUUUCUGGAAAGAAGGCAACUGGCGAACAUUACUCGGUACAUCUCUUGCAUGGAUGCUACUCGAUUUCGGGUUCUAUGGUAUCCAACUAUCAAACCCACAGUUUUUGGCAAAGACAUGGGGUAAUUUGGAUAUUCACGGGCCUUCUCCAUCAUGGAAAACUACAAGUGAUCCCAACGAAAAUAUCUAUUCAUCAUUCCUGCAGACAUCUGUCGAGGCAAUGGUGAUCCUGAACGCGGGCAGUGUCUGUGGAGGAGCGCUGUUAAUUGCAUUUGCGCCAAAACUCAAUCGCGUGCAUUUGCAAAAGUUUGGCUUUUUGGCAUUGGCGUGUAUGUUUAUUGCCAUGGGUGUUAUGUUCAUUACAGUCCACAAGGAAGGACCAGUCGCCAUUGUGUUGUACAUUAUCGGCCAGAUGCUAUUCAACUUUGGUCCCAACGCGACGACAUACAUGCUCCCCGCCGAACUCUUCCCAACCCGCUACCGCGCAACCUGCCACGGUAUAAGCGCCGCAUCGGGGAAAAUAGGUUCGAUUCUGGUCGAGCUUUUCACAGUCUACUACAACAUCGGUAGUACAUCAACGGCAGUCAGUAGCACUGUGCGCUACGGCUGGAUUCUGGUGGUUUUCAGUGCCGCCAUGAUCGUCGGAUCGAUUGUGACUCAUUUCUUGAUUCCAUCUGUACAACAAAAGGGACGGCCUACGGGACGUGUGUGCAGUGACUUUUUCAAUGAGAAGGAGAGGACUCUUGAGAGUCUUGCUUUGGGUCGGUUGGGUGAGAGUAGUCGGUAUGCGGUGCGGAGGACGAGAUCCGUACAUCGGUUACCGACAAGAAGGUUUUAA